CCGAGCUCCUCUCCUGGAGCGCAGCGGCCCGGGCGGCCCGCGGGGGCUGGAGCGCGGGGCGGGCUCUGCGCGCGAAUGAAUGGGCGCCCGGGGGACGCGCGCGCUCGGGGCUGAAGGGCAUUAGGACCGUGAGGAUCGCUCGGUGCUCCUGUCUCUCCCUAUCACCCCCCCACCCCCCACCUCUCUCCUUUUUCUGCUCUGCAGGACUGAGCAGCCGGGCGCGAGCGAAAACAAACAGCUGGGGCUGCGAGCGCCCCCGCCCCGGCCCCGAGAGCACGCCGGCCCGGGCCCCCACCCGGGGCGCUCGCCCGCCCACCAUGAGGAAGAUCCGCGCCAAUGCCAUCGCCAUCCUGACUGUAGCCUGGAUCUUGGGCACUUUCUACUACUUAUGGCAGGACAACCGAGCCCACGCAGCAUCCUCCGGUGGCCGAGGCGCGCAGAGGGCCGGCGGGCGGCCGGAGCAGCUCCGCGAGGACCGCACCAUCCCGCUCAUUGUGACAGGAACGCCCUCUAGAGGCUUUGAUGAGAAGGCAUACCUGGCAGCCAAGCAGCUGAAGGCCGGAGAAGACCCCUACAGGCAGCACGCCUUCAACCAGCUGGAGAGCGACAAGCUGAGUCCAGACAGGCCCAUCCGGGACACCCGCCAUUAUAGUUGCCCCUCCAUGUCCUACUCCUUGGACCUGCCAGCCACCAGUGUCAUCAUCACUUUCCACAAUGAAGCGCGUUCUACCCUCCUGCGCACGGUGAAAAGCGUCCUGAAUAGAACUCCUGCCAGCCUGAUCCAGGAGAUCAUCUUAGUGGAUGACUUCAGUUCUGAUCCUGAAGACUGCCUGCUGCUGACUAGGAUCCCCAAGGUCAAAUGUCUCCGCAAUGACCGACGGGAAGGGCUGAUCCGGUCCCGAGUUCGGGGGGCAGAUGUGGCUGCAGCAACUGUGCUCACCUUUCUGGACAGCCACUGCGAAGUGAACACCGAGUGGCUCCAGCCCAUGCUGCAGCGGGUGAAGGAGGACCACACCCGCGUGGUGAGCCCCAUCAUCGAUGUCAUCAGCCUGGAUAACUUUGCCUACCUUGCUGCAUCUGCUGACCUUCGCGGAGGAUUUGACUGGAGCCUGCACUUCAAGUGGGAGCAGAUCCCUCUGGAGCAGAAGAUUGCCCGGACAGACCCCACGCAGCCCAUCAGGACACCUGUCAUAGCUGGAGGAAUCUUUGUGAUUGACAAGUCCUGGUUUAACCAUCUGGGAAAGUACGAUGCCCAGAUGGACAUCUGGGGGGGAGAGAAUUUCGAGCUCUCCUUCAGGGUGUGGAUGUGCGGUGGAAGCUUGGAGAUCGUGCCCUGCAGCCGGGUGGGCCAUGUCUUCAGGAAACGACACCCUUACAACUUCCCUGAGGGCAACGCCCUCACCUACAUCAGGAAUACCAAGCGUACUGCAGAGGUGUGGAUGGAUGAAUACAAGCAAUAUUACUACGAGGCUCGGCCUUCAGCCAUUGGAAAGGCCUUUGGCAGUGUGGCCACACGGAUCGAGCAGAGGAAGAAGAUGAACUGCAAGUCCUUCCGCUGGUACCUGGAUAACGUCUACCCAGAGCUCACUGUCCCGGUGAAGGAAGUGCUGCCUGGCAUCAUUAAGCAGGGGGUUAAUUGCUUAGAAACCCAGGGCCAGGACACGGCUGGUAACUUCUUACUCGGAAUGGGGACCUGCAGAGGAUCUGCCAAAAACCCCCCAGCACCCCAGACGUGGCUGUUCAGUGACCACCUCAUCCAGCAGCAGGGCAAGUGUCUGACUGCCACUUCCACCUCCGUCUCCCCUGGGUCCCUGGUCAUACUUCAAGUGUGCAACCCAAGAGAAGGCCGCCAGAGAUGGAGGAGGAAAGCCUCAUUCAUCCAGCAUUCAGUCAGCGGCCUCUGUCUGGAGAUGAAGCCUGAGCAGCUGGUGACCAGCAAGUGCCAGGCGGAUGCCCCGGCCCAGCAGUGGCAGCUGUUGCCUCAUACAUGACGCAGCCCCAGGGCCUCCUGUACCUUUUGCAUGAGACUUUGGGACCCGAGGGGGUUAGGGUGGGCGAGUGCAAAGCGGGCCCUUUCCAUCUCCUCACGUUUCUGCCAGAAUCAUCAGCAAACACCCCUGCCAUGACUCGACUCUGCAAAGCUUGCACGGGGAGGGCCUUCCUGGCUUUGCCAGGAACAGGGGCGCUCAGGAUGCUGGUGCUGCAGGGUGGAGACUGGGAGGUGUCCAUGUCCUCCGUCCCCUCCCAUGGUCCUCCUGGGGGCCCAGGUUGUGGUGAGCGACCCUCCCCUUGUUGAAUGAGGAGAGCGAGGACAGAAGUCCACACAGCAGCCUCAUUGGGUCACGGGGGCUGAGAGGAGAAUGUGGGUGUCGUGGAUGGGGAAGCUGAAGGUGAGAGAAGGGGGCAGCCUGCGGCACAGCCAGGAAUAGGAAGGAGGUGAGGGGGUCAGCAGCCUGCCCCAGGCAGGCACUGGCUUGCGUAUGGGAGAGAGGAAUCUGGGCAAAACAGGAACAAUUUGUAGGACAGGGGUGGAAGAGCUGCAAAACCAGCCAGCGGGCAAGUCUCUUCCUGAGGACCACCCAGCCCACAGGCACCAGCCCGGGGCGCCGCCUCCAGCCCUGCACACUGACCCUACAUUCUCAGUCAGAGGCUGCAUGGGCAGCCUUGACCCUCAGUUAAACACACCCUGCCUCCGGCCAUGUUUCAGGCUAAGACUUCUCCCUCGGGCCUUAAUGACCAACUGUGCCCUGUCCCCCCUGCCUGGGCCCACCGUGAAGACCCCAAAAGAGAGGCAGCCACCAGGUACCACUGAGAUCGGAGCAGCUCCAGUCUCAUUCGUGGUUGUCGACCCCCACCUUCUCAGAAGCCUUUGCCCCUGUACAUACUGCAUGGUGGCCUUGGGGAGCCCUGUAGGAAUGGAACCUCACUUCUGGAGCAUAAACAUUCCUUAGGUCCCCAGGGGUAAGUCAUUCAGAGGGCCUCAUCCCCACCCCUCCCCACUUCAGAGGAGAGGCUCUAAGGGUCAGCUCCCCCAGCGGGGCACCACGUGGGCUGCUGGCUCCUGUCCGUGCAGACAGUGCCUGGGUCCUUCUCAUCCUCGCUGGCCGCUUCCUUCUACCCCACAACCUUGUCUUGGAGCCGCUUCUGCUGUCCCCCGUGCACCUGUCCCUCCACCCCCCUGACUCGAGCAGUGUGAUCUUGGACAAAAGGGGGGUGUCCGGGACCUCCGGUUCCCAUAGCUAAUGAAAUAGGAUGGGCACACCUUCCCCAGGAAUUCUCCUGGUCUGUUAGAGACCUACACCCCCUAGACACUUUAUGGUUCCCAGGGGGUCCAGGAACCUGCUGAAAUUAUCCCCCAGAUAAUGCACGUGUGUACUCACAUGCAUUCCUGAGGAGAAGUUCCAUGGAUUUCCCCAGCUUCUUACAGAGAUCCCUGAUCCCCAAAGGGUCGGAACCUCUGCUCUGGACUGAAGCUUCUGUGCUUUUCUCCCUUCCUGAGUGCCUGCAUUGCCACCCCCACCCCCCUACGCCCCGCUCCCUACAUGCGGGCCUUGGGGUCAGGAGCCAAUUGUCCCUGGCUGGCAGUGUCCCCCUAAAGAGCUCUUCAGUGGUGUCCCCUCCUUCCUGGCUCUCACCAGCGUCCUCUCAGCUCCUGAGCUCACCAGCCCAGAGCCCUUGGCCCUUAGGGCCACACUUCUCCUGUCCUCUGUUGUGAUGUCUCAUCUACUGGCCCCUCUGUUGUGCGUGUCCACCCGGCAGGCAGGAUGGCCUGUUGGGGAUGGGGAACUGUGCCUCUGUCAUUGAAUGCUGCUCAGAGAGGGGGAGGGGCUGCCCUCCUUCCCUGAGGGCAGACACCAGGCCGGGGCACUUGUCUGCCGCCCUUUGUGGGACUCAGCCCUAUUUUGGUUUUGCUUUUCCUCUUCUUGACCAAAGCAUGUGCCACUAGCUGUCCCCGAGGACCUCGUCUUUAUGGAAAUACACCGGAAUAAAACCACUUCU